AUGUCCCUGUCGCGAUCACCCUCUCCCCACGCGGGCGGAGGGUGGUCCAGCCCGGGCCUCGUUCCGAGUAGCGGCACUUCUCCGCCUCGACCAGGCACAUUGUCACCCGGCAGUGGCAUCUCAUGGGCAGCGGCCAGGGCCAAGAGCGACGAGGUGCGCGGGUACCCUUCUUUCUCGACGCGAAAUAGUGGCUUCUUCUCUCGUCAGAAGCAUAAGCUCACUACUCGCUUGCCCAUUCUCAGGCGACUUUCUUCCCGCGAAUAUGUCGAUAAGGAUUCAUAUGGGAAAGAGUGGAAGCCUAGAAAUGGAGCAAUCGUCCAAACAUACCGUCGAUCGCCGAUGGGCGGUGGCAAGAAGUUCGUCUUGAUCCUAGGAUCCAACGUCGAAGGAGGCGUUAUGGAGUUGAAAGGCGCACGCGAAUGGGCAAUCGAGCGCAACAGCAUAUGGAACAAGCAGAAGUACGCAAAGAAGUGGGGCUACGAACUGGAGCUAGCCAACCUGCUAGCCAAGAAACGUUAUUCGCAUGAAUGGCGCGAAAGCUGGGAGAAAGGCGAUGUGAUCCGCGAAGCGAUGCGCAAGUAUCCCGACGCAGAAUGGUUCUGGUGGCUUGACCUGAACACCUGGAUCAUGGAAUAUGAAACAUCACUACAGAGUCAUAUCUUCAAUCACCUUGACACCAGUGUCUACCGCGACAUCAGCGCUUACAAUCCUCUCAACAUUACACACCCACUCCCGGAGUUCUGGCUCGACGAGCUCAGUCGAUCCCCCGAAGGCGACGAGAAUCCCAAUUCACUGCAAAUGCUCCUCUCGCAAGAUUGCGCUGGUUUCAAUCUGGGAUCUUUCUUUGUGCGUCGUUCUGUCUGGACCGAUCGCCUUCUCGAUGCCUGGUGGGAUCCAGUCAUGUAUGAGCAGAUGCAUAUGGACUGGGAACACAAGGAACAGGAUGCCCUUGAAUACAUCUACCAGAGUCAACCAUGGGUCCGCAGUAGCGUGGGCUUCUUACCCCAACGCAGUAUCAACGCCUUCCCUCCUGGUGCUUGCGGCAAUACAGAGAAUCCAGCUGUGCAUUAUCAGCAGAAUGCUCGUGAUUUCGUUGUUAACAUGGCCGGUUGUAUGUUCGGUCGUGACUGCUGGGGUGAAGUUUACUAUUACCGUGAGCUCAGCAAAUGGCUGAACCGAACAUCUUGGAUGCGUUUCAAGGAUAGUCUCGGUGAUGCGUAUGCCAGAUUCUGGGGAAAGAAAAAGAAAGAUUGA